AUGGAAUCUGUUGGCUGUUUCCUUCAUAUCAAAUUCCCACUCUCCUCUGAGCUGCUUUUUGUUGUUCUUGCCCUGGUGCAUUUUCCAGCAAAGUUCACAGUGAUUGGACCCCGUGACCCUGUCACUGCCAUCCUGGGUCAGGAAACUGUGUUACCCUGUCACCUGUCCCACAGCAUGAGCGCUGCAAACAUGGAGGUGAGAUGGUUCCGCUCAGAGUUUGUAUCCUUUGUGCACCUGUAUCGUGAUGGGACGGAUCAGUAUGAAGGGCAGAUGCCAGAUUAUCGGGAAAGGACAGAGCUUUUGAAAGCCGGACUCACAGAUGGAAAUGUUCCCUUGAGUAUUCUCAAUAUCAGACUCUCUGAUGAAGGAGAAUACCACUGCUUUGUUCAAGACGAUACUUUUUAUGAAGAAACUAUAUUGGAACUGUGGGUAGCAGGUCUGGGCUCUGCUCCUCUCAUCUCUGUUGAGGGUCACCAGGAUGGAGGGAUCCAAGUGGUUUGUCGAUCAGCUGGUUGGUACCCAGAGCCUGAGGUGCUUUGGAGAGAUCUCAGUGGGAGACAUUUACCAUCACUCUCUGAAACAACAUCCCGAGGAGAAAACAAACUGUUUGAAAUAGAAACUGCUCUCAUUGUAACAGAACAUUCAAACCAAAACUUGUCCUGUUGGAUCAGGAACACCGUUCUCAGUCAAGAAAAGGAAUCAGCAGUUUAUAUAGCAGAUUCCUUUUUCCCAAGGGUGAAUCCCUGGAUGGUUGCACUGAGUGUGAUCCUGGUGCUUUUAUUUGGUUUCAUUGGCCUCACUGUUUAUCUGUUUAAAAUGAAAGGGAAACUUACUGAAGAAGUUGGCAAACUAGAUAUAGAAAUUGGCAAACGAGAUAACGAGAUAAGGUGGAGAAGAUCUGUGGCACCUAUAGAAGAAGCGAAUGUGACUCUGGAUCCAGACACGGCUCAUCCCCAACUCGUCCUGUCUGAUGAUCGGAAAAGUGUGAGAUGUGGAGACACACGGCAAAAUCCACCUGACAAUCCUGAGAGAUUUGACACUGAGCCCUGGGUGCUGGGCUGUGAGGGAUUCACCUCAGGGAGACAUUGCUGGGAGGUGGAGGUGGUGGCUGGGCGAUACUGGGCUGUGGGGGUGGCCAGAGAGUCUGUGGGGAGAAAGGGACGGAUCAGUCGUAGCCCUGAGGGGGGGAUCUGGGCUGUGGAACGGGGCUGGGGUCAGUUCCAGCUCACCUCCCCUGAGACCCCCCUGCCCCUGAGCUGGGCCCCCAGCAGGAUCCGGGUUUGUCUGGACUGUGACCGGGGGCAGGUGACAUUUAUCGAUGCUGGUGACGAGGCCCCGAUCUUCACUUUCCCGCCGGGCUCCGUCCCUGGGGAGAGAAUCCGACCCUGGCUCCGGGUGUGGAGAUCCCAGCUCAGCCUGUGUCCCUGA